ACAAUCGAUGCAAAGUGCUUGAGGAUGUAUAAAGAUAUCUGUAAUAGUUCAUAAAUGUCUUAACUUGCAUUCCACUCCUUAUUUUUGUUUUUUCAUUUGUCAUCAUGUUAUACAUGGGAGCACUGUUGCGUUAUUCAAGAAUUUAAUAAAGAGAAACUGUAGUUAACAUCUCAAAAUCUCAAUAUGUCUUUGAAAAACUUGCUUAAAUCACCAUUUAAUGUUAUCUCCAGUUUCAUUGUCUUGUAACAAUUUGUAUUUGGUGUCGGUUUCGGUGAACAUCCACAAUGAUACUGCAGACAACCUAAAAAAAUUCAAAUUCCGGAAAUCCCAGAACACAGUUGCCCUCAUAUUGAAAAUUGAUAAAGAAGCUUUGACAAUCGAACCAGAACAAACACUUGAAGAUAUUACAAUUAAAAAUCUCAAAGAUUCUUUACCGUACCAUCAACCAAGAUAUAUUCUUUUAAGUUACCGAUAUGAAAAGGAGGAUGGUCGAGUAACAUUUCCAUACUGUCUAUUAUUUUCAACUCCAAUGGGUUCUGCUACAAACCUGAAAAUGAUGUAUACAGCAAGUCUUACGAAUCUGAUGCAUAAAAGCGGAGUUACGAAGGUUUUUGAACUCAGAGAGCUGGAAGACCUUUCGGAUGAAUGGUUAAAAGAAAACCUGGAACGCACGGUUUGA